CUCCAGACAGCAACAGGAGUUAAAAACACGUACACACAGCAAUGGAUCGAUCGCUUGAUUAAGCGUGCACGACAAAUGAAGAGAGACGAUAGCUCACGCACCAAAGACUCAAUACAUGAUGAACUCCAGCAGUGGGUUGAAGAACACAAGGAAAAAAUCAUUAGCCCAUUCUUCACGGUUGAUGGAUUUGAUCCCACACAGGACACGCCUAUCGAAAUCCUCCACACUGUUCUUUUGGGAAUCACCAAAUAUAUCUGGCACAUGACGCAUACGCAGUGGAACACAGAGCAGAAGAGCCUUUACGCGCAUCGGCUUCAGGCAACUGACGUGAAGGGCCUAUCAAUACCUGCAAUACGUGCUCAGUAUAUCAUGCAGUAUGCAGGUUCGCUCGUGGGUCGCCAGCUGAAGAUUGUUACACAAACAAUCUCCUUUCAUGCCCAUGACCUUGUACCACCGCUGGUAUUUCAGCUCUGGCUUGCCGCAGGAGAGUUCUCAUCUCUUGCUUGGUUCCCUGAGAUACGAAACAUAGAUGAAUAUUUGGACGACAUAGAGAUUGCUCUUGCAAAUGUACUCGACACAUUCUGUGACCUAGACCCCAGCAAAAUACUCGAGAAGAUUAAGCUACACCUUCUGACGCAUACACGGUACGAUGUCCUUCGCUUCAGACCACUACCGGGACAAGCCACCGAA